ACAGUGCCGGGCUAUCAGAGAGGAAAUCACGCCGCCCCCGAAAGCGAGGGGGCGGCAGCUAAUAUAAGCUCCAGUCCGCUCAGCCAACAAAUCGUCAGGCUCUAAUGAAACAGCUUUAGGUGGACGAGAGCGAUUGAACUGAAACGCAGUGAUGGCAUCACCUUUGAAGUGUUUGCUGGGCAGUGAAAGCAGUUACACAAAGUCUUUCCAGAUUUUUUUGGAUUACUCCACUGAGCAUCAAUGCAUGUAUGAAUUUAUCGACACAAUUCUCUCAGACCACUUAUCAAGCAUUGGAAAUGGCAAAUCAGUACUGAAUGUUUUAGGAAUUGGAAGUGGGAAGGGUCAGAUUGAUCUUCGCAUUUUAUCUUAUCUAAAGCUGAAACAUCCUGGGGUUUCAAUUAAUAAUGAGGUCAUGGAUCCAAAUGAAGAGCACCUCAAAAGUUACAGAGAGUUAGUGGCAAAGACUCCACAUCUUGAGAAUAUCAGCUUUACCUGGAACAGGAUGACAGCAUCUGAAUAUAAAGACAAAUUAGACAAGGAAACGGAGGCAAGAAAAUUUGACUUCAUUCAUAUGAUUCAGAUGCUGUAUUAUGUGGAAGAUCCUGAUGAAGUAAUAAAAUAUUUUCAUGGACUCCUGGCACAGAAUGGAAAGCUUCUGAUUAUCAUUGUGUCAGGAAACAGUGGAUGGGAAAGGCUUUGGACAGAAUACAAAAGUCAACUGUGUUGUACAAAUUCUAGCAUCUACAUUACCUCAGAUUAUAUAAUGAAGACUCUGGACACAUUUGGCUUAAAAUAUCAGCACUUUGAUAUUCCAUCCACUUUCAAUAUCACAGAAUGUUUUGGUGCAAAUAAUGAAAUUGGAGACCUCAUGCUCGACUUCCUCACUGAAAUUGUUAAUUUCAGAGCUACAGCACCCCCUGACUUGAGAGACCACGUAUUGGCAUUGCUGCGGCACCCAGACUGCACCCUGGAAAAGGAUGGAAAGUUUCUUUUUAAUAACACCUUGACUGCCAUUAUAGUUGAAUCCUGACAGCCUCUGCUUUAUUCGUUUAACACUUAAUAAAAUAUACAUUUCUUCACAUGAUUUUCUGUGUUUACCCGAGAGGCUUAAGUAAUAUACUGUAUGUUAUUUGCCUCUAAGUACAAAUCAUUAUAGUUUUAAUACAAAAGAUAAAAGUAAAAGUACUAUUUCCAUGAUCAUAUUUUAAAAAUGAAACAGUGCACUUACAAUAUGAGUUUUGAUAUUAUAAUAGCCUUUUUUGAUUACCUUGGAUUCAGAUCAUAUCUUAAAAAUAAACAUAUUAAAAGCAAA